CUCUCUCUCUCUCUCUGUACACAUACAUAUACAUGUGUGUGUAUACGCGUGUAUCUGUGCAUGUAUUCAGAGAUUUGAACGUAUAUUUGUUUGUGACGGAAGCCUAAACAGAUUAUGGGAGGUUCUAGUUGUCGGGUUACUGAAUGCAUAGAAGUUACAUGUAAUGCUCACAAACUAUUCGAUAAAAUGCCAAUUAGAUUGACUGAGUAUUGUGAAAUAAUAAUUGUAGAGUUCAAAAUGAACAAAAAAAUAGUAGUAAAUUAAAAGUGAGGAUUACUUGCAUACAAUUGUCUUCAUUCAGUGUUUGCAUUAAUUCCUGAAAAAAAGAAAGUUUGGUUAGUUGUAAAAUUGCUGGAGUUACAAUUGACUGACUUUUUUGUGUUUGACAUAAUGCUUCUUUCAAUUUUGAUAUUCAUUCAAGUACCAAACGCACACGUGAAAACCAAAUACAUGUAAUACAUGAUGGUGGUAUUACUUUGGUCUAUUUGGUGUCUAACCUUUUAUUGGUAUGUUCAAGAGGAACCAAUCAAGUUGCUGCUCUAUAAUAGAAAACCCAAAGGGCAAUAGAGUUACUGAAGUCAAAUUCAAUUUGUUUCAAUUGGUAUAGAUCAUGGUUAGGAUAAAAUUAUUUGAACUGCAAUAGAUGAGAAACUCUCCCCCACCCAAAUCAUCAAAAAAGUAACCAUUCUAAACAUUGUCACUUGUGGGUUUUUUUUGUUUAGGUUUGAUGGAUCAAUCCUCAAGUCGUACGAGCAAAGAUGUCAAUGUGAAAAAUGAUAUGAAUAAAUUUCCUGAAGAAGAAGAUGAUCUAGGAGACUCAAUUGAAGAUGGUUGUGUUAAUGGGAAACAAGGUUUAGAUUCCCAAAUAGGAUUAGAAGGUUUGAAUAUGCUCACUGCAAGGGAUGUUUUCAAAAUGAAGUUUGAUUCUGAGGAAAAUGCGCAUGCUUUUUACAAUGCCUAUGCUAAGGUAAUGGGGUUUAGCAUCCGAAAGGAUAGAAAAAAGGUACGUAGGGAGAAUGUGGUGGUGAGUAGAAAAUGGGUAUGCUCUAGGCAAGGAGUACGUGCAAAGAAAUACUUGGAGCAUGUUGAUAGAUUGAGAGCACCAAGGGCAGAAACUAGGGUUGGAUGUAAAGCUGUCUUUCGUGUGCGCUAUGAUGUGAAAAUGAGAGAAUAUAUAGUGACUCACUUUGUAAGCGAACACAACCAUCCCUUGGUCGCACCCCACUGUGUCCCUUUUCUUUGGUCACAUAGGUCUGUAACAAGUGCUGACAAAGCCCAAACAAAAGCUAUGCGUAAUGUCGGCAUUAGCACUGGCCAGAUAAUGGACCUUAUGACCAUUCAGUCUGGUGGUUUCGAUAAGGUUGGUUUUGUUCGAAAAGAUUUGCAUAAUACUGUUCAAGCUGACCGAAAAGUAGAACUCAAGGAUGGGGAUGCAGAGGGUAUCUUGGGAUACUUAUCUGCUAAAGCUCUAGACGACCCAAUGUUUUUUUACAAGUAUGACGUCGAUCAUGAAAAUUGUUUAGACAAACUGUUUUGGGCUGAUUCAAGGUCUCGCCUAGACUAUGUUGCAUUCGGUGAUGUACUUGUUUUUGACACUACUUAUAGGACAAAUGCAUACAAAAAGCCAUUUGUAAUGCUUUGCGGCGUGAGUAACCAUUACAUGUCAAUCAUAUUUGGUUGUGCUCUAUUACCAAAUGAGACUACAGAAACAUACAUGUGGGUUUUAGAAACAUUAAUGGAGGCCAUGGAUGGUAAAAAACCCAUCUCAGUGGUGACAGAUGGUGAUAAAGCUAUGAGUCAAGCCAUCAUAACUGUCAUUCCAAACGCUAAGCAUCGCUUGUGUACUUGGCAUCUACAACGAAAUGCUGUGUCAAAUGUCCACAAACCCAAAUUUCAUGAGGAUUUCAAGCGGUUGAAGUCAUUAGAAUGUGAUAGGGAUGAGUUUGACAAGGCUUGGGCUGUCUUGGUCAAACAAUACAAUAUUGAAAACAAUAGUUGGGUGGUAGAGGUCUAUCGCAAUCGUCAUAAGUGGGCUGAGUCUUAUCUUCGUGGACAUUUCUUUGCCGGUAUGAGCAGCAGUCAGCGUUGCGAAGGCAUGCACGCUUAUUUUAAUAGGUUCCUAAAAGUGAGGCUUAGACUAUAUGAAUUUGUUUGGCAUUAUGAUAGGGCCAUUGCUCGAAUGCGUGUUAAUGAGGCAGCCGCGGAGGGUGUAACAGAGAACAGUUUCCCGGUGUUGACAACGCAAUUAAAGAAACUUGAGAAAAAUGCAGCAGAGUUGUAUACAAGGAAGAUUUUUUUAAAGUUUCGGGCGGAAAUGGAGCUAGAGGCCAAGUUUUAUGUGAAGCAACAACUUGAAGAGGAGGAUCAUUAUGUCUAUAUUCUAGAACAGUACGCAACUGAAAAUAAGUGGAGAGUUGAGUUUCAUCCAUUCGAUGGCAGCAUAAAAUGCCCUUGCAUGAAACUUGAGUCAUUUGGGAUACCUUGCUGCCACAUAAUUACUGUCAUGAAAUUUCAACAACUUGUAUCUAUCCCUAUGAGUUGUGUGGUUCAGAGGUGGACUAGGAGUGCUAGGUCAAGCAAUCCACAACCUAGUCUCACCAAAAUUCCCAACCUACUGACACAAACCACACGAUAUGGCAUAUUGAGCUCAUCAUUCAAUUUAUUGUCCUAUUAUGCGUCGCACACGGACAAAGAUUUUAUGGAGGCGAGGGAAGCAGGUUUCCAAAUGAUGUCCGAGAUGAAGAAGCGCUGGGAACUGAGAAAUGCGGAUAAGGGUGAGGAAAAAAAUAGUGCCACCAAACUAUUUGGGAUUCGGGACCCCAAGGUAGUCAAGACAAAAGGCAAUCCUGGGGGACCCUCUUCUGCCAGUAAACUCCCCACAGCAAGAAAAUGUGGGAACUGCAGGAGCAUUGGCCACACGAAGCGAACUUGUAAAAAAGUAAAAGCGAAGGAGAGGGAGGGUUGCGAAGAGCACUUUUCUGCAUUCACAAAUCCAGAGUUAUUCCCCCAUCAGGAUGAAGACGGACGUUGACAAAACAGGGC